AUGAAGACGUUCUUGUGGCUCUCUCUCUGCCUCGGACUGACCUCAGGGGCAGCACGGCCAGAAGCUGACUCUGGGCUGGAUCCUCGGCCUCAGCAUCUGGCACCCUUCCUGUUGGAUGGUCUCUUCAAGCGCGACGGUCCAGCUCGGCCUGCGAACAUCGACCUAACGGCAUGGAAACCGGGUGCAGUCAAACUGCAAUGGGCGGGUGACAUCUUAGUCGGCACUCCUCCACAGAAGUUCUCCCUGAUCUUCGACACAGGUGCACCGAUGAUGUUGAUCGCCGCCAACAACUGCACGACCUGCGGGACACAUCCCCGCUUUGAUCCGUCCAAGUCCAGUUCCUUCUCUCCUCAACCGGGGUUCCGCAUUACAAUGUACUUCAACAGUGGCGGCGGCGGUACAAUCAACGGCCCACAGCAGCAAAACGCGAAUUGCACCGUCGUGACAGACACGGUUCGCAUGGUUGACCGGCCCACAAGCGGGAGCCAGUUACUCAUCUGCGACACCUACUCCAACCUCCUCCGCGAGCAGACGCCCGACGGUCUCUUCGGCCUGUCGUCCACACCGACCUCCCUCUGGGGCAUUGAACCCAACCUGCCCACCCCCGAAUUCAGCUUCUCCUACAUCCCGUCUCACGGACCCAACGGCCGCCGGGAUGGCGUGCUCACGCUGGGCGGGACCGACCGAUCGCAGUACAUCCCUAGCACUCUCCGAAAGAUCCCUCUUAACUGGCCUCUGUCAGAGUCGGGUAUGCGAUGGGUCGUCGACGUACGCGGGGCGCGCAUCGACGGCUAUACGUUGCACAACUCGACCGACGCAGUCACGCUCAUCGACACGGGCAGCGCGGUCGUGUCUACGCCGGACCACGAGACCACAGCCGAGCUGUACGCGCGCAUGUCGGACGCGAUUCAGCCGAUCGAUGAGCGAGGCGCGUGGGGGGCGCCGUGUGACGAGCUGGACCGUGCGGUACGGGAUGUGGUCUUCACGGUGGGCAGCCCGGGGCAGAAGGUGGAUGUGGUGGUUAAGAAGAAGUACAUGAAUGUGGGCGAGUACCCCGGCAAGCCGGGCAUUUGCCAGGGCGUGUUUGUCGAUCCGGAGCGGGUGGCGCGCGAGCCGAUCAAUGGGCGGCCCGCGUGGAUCUUUGGCACGCCGUGGCUGAGGUCGUACUACACCGUCUGGAAUGGCGUGGAUCGGACGAUUGGCUUUGCGACUCCCUCGCGCCCGGACUGCGACUAA